AUGGAGAAGCAGCCUUUGCCAACUGACGAUGACAAUAUAGGAACCUUGGAGCCAGAGAUCAAUGGCUAUGCUGGUGAGGAGAGCCAGCAGGGCUUCCCUGAGCCUGCCGCUCGAGCAGGAUGGAACAGUAAAAUAGAGUAUUUUUUGGCUCAGGUGGGAUUCAGUGUUGGGCUCGGCAACGUCUGGAGGUUUCCAUAUUUGUGCCAUCAAAAUGGAGGAGGAGCUUUUCUCUUCCUGUAUGUGCUGCUGAUGCUGGUUGUGGGCAUACCCUUGUUCUUCCUGGAGCUGGCAGCCGGUCAGGCCAUCCGACAGGGCAGCAUUGGAGUGUGGAAGUACAUCUCCCCCAAGCUCGCAGGGAUUGGCUACUCCAGCUGUGUAGUUUGUUUUUUUGUGGCUCUCUACUACAACGUGAUCCUUGCAUGGAGUCUUUUCUAUCUUGGGAACUCGUUCCAGUACCCUUUACCUUGGGAACAUUGUCCAACACUGGGAAAUGUAACAGUGAAAGAAUGCAAAAAGAGCUCCCCCACAUCGUAUUUCUGGUACCGCCAAGCUUUGGAUAUCACAGACUCUAUAGAUGAGACAGGCUCUUUCAACCCUUACAUUACCUGCUGUCUGCUGGCAGCCUGGACCAUUGUGUGCCUGGGAAUGUUCAAGGGUAUCAAGUCCUCCGUCAAGGUGAUGUAUUUCUCCUCCAUCUUCCCCUACGUGGUUCUGUUCUGCUUCCUUGUCCGAGGACUCCUGCUGGAUGGGGCCUUAGAGGGAAUCUCCUACAUGUUCUACCCCAAGCUAGAAAUUUGGGCAGAUGUGCAGGUGUGGCGGCAGGCAGCCACACAGGUCUUCUUUGCCUUGGGUCUUGGCUUUGGGUCCAUUAUCGCCUACUCCUCCUACAAUCCCAAGAACAACAACUGCCACCGUGAUGCCUUCACUGUCUCUGCUAUAAACUUCUUCACAUCUGUGCUGGCCACUCUAGUGGUGUUUGCUGUGCUCGGCUUCCAUGCCAAAGGAAAGGUUGUAGAAUGUGUAGCCAGUAAUGUGAAGGAGUUAACAGAGCAGCUUCGCAUGGGUUAUGUUGACACGAACAUGUUGCCAGGCUUCAACUAUUCUGAUCCCAGUUCUGUGGCUAUAGAGGACUACAGUGCCUGGUUUAAACAGUACGGAAAUAAGGUCCCUGGCAAUUUAACAGAGUGUGACCUGGAAAAAGAGAUGCAGAAGGGUGUAGAGGGCACAGGCCUAGCUUUUAUUGCCUUCACAGAGGCCAUGUCACUACUGCCUGCAAGCCCCUUCUGGUCAGCACUCUUCUUCCUCAUGCUGCUCAACUUAGGACUCAGCACCAUGUUUGGCACUAUGGAGGGCAUCCUCGCCCCACUCACCGACCGCUUCAAAACUCUGGCCAACAACAAGAUCAAGCUCACAAUUUUCAGCUGCAUCAUUGGCUUUCUAAUUGGCCUGCUCUUCACCCAGCGUUGUGGGAACUACUUUGUGAUGAUGUUUGAUGAUUACUCUGCCACUCUGCCCCUCAUCAUUGUGGUGGUUUUUGAGACCUUUAGUGUGUCCUGGCUGUAUGGAGCUGACAGGUUCCUGGACGACAUUGAGGCAAUGCUGGGCUGGCGUCCCAGUGUGAUUUACAAGUACCUGUGGAAAUACAUCUGCCUUCUUGCGAUGCUGGGACUGCUGGGUGCCACCAUCAUUCGCAUGUUUAUCACACGCCCUACUUAUAUGGCAUGGAACCAAGAGAAGGCUUCUGAGGAGCACCUCGAGUACCCUGGCUGGGCUCUGGCUGUUUUGGCUAUACUGAUUAUAUUUGCCAUGAUGCCAGUCCCAGUGGCCUUGAUCCACGCUGUUCUGCAGGACAGACUACAGCAAACACAGAGAGAAACAGAGAUUGGUCAGUACAGUAUUGUUAACACUGAUGACAGGUGUGAAACCUUAAUGACUGACAUGUCAGAGCUGGGCCAAAGGAGCGGGGCCGCUGCUUCCUCUUCCUAAACAUUGGACAUGAUGUUACACAGUGGGAAAUGACAAUAUGGACUCAAAAUGUCACUGUGCCAUGCACAGUACGAUUAUCUGUCAGCUUUUAGUGCAGCUGUAGCACAGAGAGAAGUUGAAAUGUGUGCUUAAUAUAGUUUUUAUUCUUUUUACUUAAAUUAAGUCCAAACAUAUCCAAACAUAUCUACUGUUCCAACAAGUACAACUUUUAAAAAGUGCAUAAUAUGGAAAAUAUGGAACAAAUAAUUUAUUGCUGUGUGGUAACUAAAAGGUAGAAUUUCCAGCAACUGAUUGAUUGUUACAGAGUUGUUGUCCAAAUGAACCAAAAACAAUAUUCCUUAGUUUUCAGUACAAGCUACAGACAUCGUUGGAGGCAUUAUGCUUUCGAGUUGUCUGUCCGUCUGCUUGGACUGAAGGAUGAACUGAUUAAAAUUUGGUUGCCAAUUGUUGUCAUGUGACUCACAAAAUGCAUUUUUGGCCAAAACUCAAGAAUUGAUGACCAUGUUUCACCUCCCCGUCCAUUUUUUGGUAAUGAACCGGUAGAUUCCAGAUGUUGCACACAUGUUGACUGGGACGACACAAUGAGUAAACAAUAACUAGCAGAGCAGGGGCAUUCUUUCAUCUGGUCCCUUCUGCCUUUCACUUCCUGUCUCAUUCGGACCAUUGAGCGUCAUUGGAAUCACGUGAAUGCAAACAAGGUAUUUGAGCAUGCCAGCUUAUUGAGAUCAUCCUGAGCGAGGAUGUAAACUGCAACAUGACCGGUUGGCAGAGGCAUCCAACUGCAGGGUGGUAAUUCUAGGUUUGUAUGAAUAGUUCACUUGUCCAUUUUUGGUAAAAUAUCCUACGUUUUUAUUGGUCUUUUUCCACUUUUAUAAAAGCAUGCUCGUGUGAGAUGCACCUCAUAAUUUCCAGUUAUUCAAAACCAUCAACUUUUUACUUCUGUUUUGUUGAGGACAGAAUUACAGCUGGCCACUGUUCAGAGUCUCUUAACAUGUCUUUUUACCUUAAUAAUGAACUCUUAACUUAGUUUUUACAGCACAGUAAAUUAAAAAAAUGUUAUGAAAAUUGUUUUAGAUUGUGAGUUAGGAUUUGAGUUACAACAAAAAAAACUGAGCCUGAGUUAAAACAGGGAAAUGAUGGCAUUGUGAGACUGUUACAUCAAGAGAGAUUCAAGUAUGUUGAAUUAGGUACAGCUUUUGGGUUCAGUAUUAAUUUCAUUCACUACACAGAAGCCAUCUAACCAUGUUUGCAGGUCUAAAAACACCUGAGUCAUAGGUCGCUGUCUUACUUCUUCAGUUUAAUAUUACUGGAUGUUUUGCAGGUACAUUGUGUAGCUACAUUAUUCAUGCAUAUAUGUUUACAUGCUCUGGUCAAACCAACCUGAACUCCCAACAGCUGUGUACACUAUUUGAGCAUUCAUCUUUUGGCUCUGUUUUACAGUGAUUAUUUUCACACACCAUUUUUCUUUUUAUUGGUAAAAAAAUAUGAUCGCGUACUGAAUGUGCAAGUUUCCAUCAUCCUGUCAUGUUGUUUAGUUUUUUUUAAAAAUUGGGUUUAGGAGGAGACUAGUUGUUUAACAGGCUAGACAAAGUAUCACUCAAAGUACUCUUUAUUUCAGAUUAAGGUGCAGUAUGUGAUGUAAUUAAGGUGUUUAUAUUGUAAAAUAAUGUUUUUUUAGACUUAACUGCUUGAUAAUUAGUUGCCAUUUUCCUGAAAUUAAAGGUGUAGUUUUUUUUUACAUUUUCAGUGGGUUAUUAUCUACAUGAAUUGACUGUGAAUGCUGUUGAAUAUUAAUUGAAUAAAACUAAGGCUGUGUUUGAAAACACAUACUGUGCCGGUCCCAGUGGCUAACAUACUGCCUACUACGCACUCACUCAGAAUGUACUGCCUUCUAAAUGAACAAUUUAGUUGCCAGCAGACUGUUACACAGUCUAAAGAAAGGCAAUACAUUUUGGGGCAGCUUUGUAUGUUCAGUAAACUCACAACACAUACUUUCUUGCUAAUUUAGAAUACAUCCGGGUAUUUCUCAUGUACACAAAUCCACCUGCUGUGCAGUUAGAACACACUACAUGCUUAAUUUGACAUCAUACUGAGUAUGAAUAGUACGUUCGUAUCGAACAGUCUGCGGUUAGUAUGCGAUUCCAAACACAGCCUUCAGAUUUGAUGAGGCUGAUUGAAUAAAAGAAUAAAAGCACUUAGCAAGUUUAUCAUUUUAAAAAUACAUUUAUUUUGUCAGAUUCAGUUUUUAGUAUAUGUAGUCUGUACGAGUGUAUGCAGUGGAUGUUGUGGAAAAUGUAAUAUAAUGCUUUUGCAAUGUAAUAUAUUUUUGCUAUUUCAUUAAAUUUUCUUUCAGCACUACAGUAGUAAUGAAAUCAUGCUUGAAAUAUAGCAUAAACUUUCAAUUUGGAACAUUGCUUGGACCUUCAUCCAACAAGGUAUUAAAUAUUGACUUGUUUUAUAGUUUUCUAUAUUUACAUUUUCAGAAAGUGAUAUUGAGAGUGCAUUUUCUUUAGAAAAAGGGACACUGAAUGCACAUCUGAAUACAAACUUUAUUUUGUAAGAAUGAAUGAGAGUGCAAGUACAACUGAAGCCUUUUCCUCCAUCCUACCUUCCAGUAUAAAUUUGUUAAAUGCUAUAUAUUGUUAUUUGUUGUAUCUUCUCAUCUGUCAUAUAACAUUGCAUGGUAUGUACAGUAUAGCUGGCUGGUGAUUGUUGUAUCACUUCAGUGUUUUGCAUGCAUGACAGUUGUUGGUAAAUUUUUAAUGAGGCCAGCUCUAAAGCAGAAAUUAAGCAGGUAUUUAGUGGGCAAGUGACAAUGAGACACAGAAAUUUGAUCCACAUGUGCUAUAACAUUGGAUGUAUGAGGUCAAUUCAACACCUUCUAUGCUGUCAAGAAGUAACAAAUGUAUUUAGUCAGAUACAGAUUGAAUGUCAUUCAUAUUCAGUUGACACAGCUCAGGCAACUACUCCCUCAGAUAAUGCCGUUUUCUUUCCGUUAUUUACUUUACACUCAGUUUUCUAGUAUUUGUCACAGAGCGUCCACACUGAAGCAUUUGGUGGCUACAUCACUUAUGUAAAAGCACAGAGAGGCUGCCAGUUUUGUGCUGUUGUCCAUUUGCACCAUUAUAUGACUGGGAAAGCUGAAGCUGGUAGAUGUCCAGACUUCUACCAGGGUAAACAGCUGUAUACGAAGACAACAUGUAGUGGCAUGAGCAAUGAUCUGCUUUUCUUACUGGUCUGUGAUUGUAUGAACAUAUUCUGCCUGUUUCUUCCCAGCUCUAACUCCCUGUAUGUAGAUAUCAGUUUGUGUCUUAAUGUUUCUAUAGACAUCUAACAGCUCGUGUUUAUAGAAUAAGCGCAGGUGGCCUGAAACCUGUUGUUCAAGGCUAUCAGGACCUGCGUUAUGACUGCUUGCCACAGUGAACAGUUAGUAUGUCCUUGUAUUUGCUUCAUAUUUAUCAGUCCUUGAGCCGUUUCCUUGCCAGGAAGUGCAGAUUAUGGUCAAGGGACAUUCCGCCCUACAGUGUUUCAAAACCAGCCAGGUCAAAGGAUCAAAUACCAGACUGUUAUGGUGACUAGCAAGACAAUGUAGAUCUCUAUUUCCAGACUGUUCAUUAACGCCGGAGAAUAACGAGUAGAGUAAAAUUUAAUGAAUUAUGUACAAAUCUAAAACAAAAGGCAUACCUAGAUAUAUAUACAACAUGAAUUUCACAAGCUUUGUUGAGAGACUGUCAGGACACUGUAUUCUGUUAUUGUUCAUAUUUCAAUUUUAAAAAAAUGUUUGUAAUUCUACAUCUUAUGCUAUAGUUGUUCUUUGUUUUUGCAUAAUAGAUGUGUAAGCCAGUUGCAUGAGAUUUAAGCAGUACAUUUAUGUGUCAGCAGGGAGCUCUGUUGCACUGAUGUCAGAGUUUUUCUUUGCUGAACGCCAUCAUGUUACAUACAGUAGGUUGUGUGACCUCUGCAAACACAUUUAAGUUCUUAUUUGGUUUGUCUUUUUUGUAUAAGAUGGAUCUUUCUGUAAUAUCACAUCAUUUGUCUUUUAAAAGACCUAAAUAAAAACAUUGGUUUCACUGGUUAUGAGCAAA